AUGUCGUUGCCUCAGUCACUGCGAACGUCUGUCACACCACCUGAGCUCGAGCUCAUUGCGUGUCAGCAGCUUGUUGAAAUUAUACCUCUUAUUUCUAUGGAAAAAACUGCCUUUAUCUCGGGUGCGUAUGGACCACUGCGACCCCCACAUAAAGCCCAAGUUCCUCUUUGGAUGGCUUUAAAUCUAAAGUCAAAGAAGAAAUGUCACAUUGUUGCCCCAGAUUGGCUGAGUGUAGAAUAUUUGCAAGAUCGACUGACCGAAGAAAUUUCGAAGAAGGACUUCAGUAGCCUACCUUUCCGGUUUACCGAAAUCGCCAAAGUCUUACUCGAUGUUGCGUCGGAUGACCUGCAAAACCCUGAUCGUCUACGUUUAUUACUCAAGGACAUACGUGAGGCUCGUCAGGCGAAGAGUAGAGAAGGUCUGCGCCAGCUUGAUCACAGCGCUUUGUUGUUAACACGCCUUUGCUCCAUGGAAAUCAACGAGAUUCGGCCUUUCUUCAUACAGUCAAUGGGAGUAUUGACACAACUUACCCGCCAGUCUACAUCGGAGUCAUGA